CCCGUCUCUCCCUGCUCUCCCUCCCUCUCCUCCCUGCUCUCUCCACCCCCCCUGUUCUCCCCGCUCUCUCGCUGGGGAUGCGAGGCGCCGUCGUUUUGUUCGGAAGCGAUGAACACCAUGAACAGGGUGAAGCUGGGCCGCAGCAGCCCUGCCAUGGCGCUCGCGUUCUGCGGCAGCGACAGCUCCAACGUGUCGGCGUACAGCGUGGACCGCGGGGUGCUCAGCAACGGCUGCUUCGUGGACGCGCUCAACCUGGUGCCGCACGUCUUCCUGCUCUUCAUCACCUUCCCCAUCCUCUUCAUAGGAUGGGGCAGCCAGAGCUCCAAGGUGCAGAUCCACCACAACACGUGGCUGCACUUCCCCGGCCACAACCUGCGCUGGAUCUUCACCUUCGUGCUGCUCUUCGUGCACGUGUGUGAGAUCGCCGAGGGGGUCGUGUCUGACGGGUUCAUGGAGUCGCGCCACCUGCACCUCUACAUGCCGGCCAUCAUGGCUUUCAUCGCUGCCACCACUUCCAUCGUCUACUACCACAACAUCGAAACGUCCAACUUCCCCAAGCUUCUGCUCGCCCUGCUGGUCUACUGGCUGCUGGCCUUCACCAUGAAGACCAUCAAGCUGGUGAAGUUCUGCGAGCACGGCGUCGGCUUCAACCAGCUGCGCUUCUGCAUCACGGGUCUGCUGGUGCUCAUCUACGGCAUGCUGCUCUCCGUCGAGCUCAACGUCAUCCGCAUGCGGAAGUACGUUGGCUUCCGCAACCCGAAGAAGGUGAAGCCACCCGAGGACCUGCAGGACCUGGGCGUGCGGUUCCUCCAGCCGUUCGUCAACCUCCUGUCCAAGGCCACCUACUGGUGGAUGAACGCCUUCAUCACGAGCGCACACCGCCGCCCCAUCGACCUCAAGAGCAUCGGCAAGCUGCCCAUCGCCAUGCGGGCGCUCACCAACUACAUCCGCUUUCGCAACGCCUACGAGGAGCAGAAGCUGUCUGCCGGAGAGGCGCAGCCCCCCUCCAUCUGGCGCUCACUGUACCGCGCUUUUGGCCGGCCCAUCCUGCUGAGCAGCACUUACCGCUAUCUGUCCGAUUUGCUGGGCUUCGCCGGCCCCCUCUGCAUAUGGGGCAUCGUCCACCACCUGAGCAACAAGGACAAGAAGCUGCACCCGCAGGACAAGUUCUUUGGCGUGUACUUCAUCUCGUCACGGGAGUUUCUGGCCAACGCCUACGUGCUCGCGGUGCUGCUCUUCCUGGCUCUCAUCCUGCAGCGCACAUUCCUGCAGGCCUCCUAUUACGUUGCCAUCGAGACUGGCAUCAAUCUGCGUGGAGCCAUACAGACGACGAUCUACAACAAAAUCCUAAGGCUGUCCACAUCCAACAUGUCCAUGGGGGAGAUGACCAUCGGGCAGAUCUGCAACCUCGUGGCCAUUGACACCAACCAGCUCAUGUGGUUCAUGUUCCUGUGCCCCAACCUCUGGGCCAUGCCAGUCCAGAUAGUGAUGGGGGUCAUCCUCCUGUACAACCAGCUGGGCGUGAGCGCGCUCAUUGGGGCCACGGUGAUCGCGCUGCUCGCCCCCGCGCAGUACUACAUCGCCACCAAGCUGGCCGACGUACAGAAGUGCACGCUGGAGUACUCCAACGAGCGCCUCAUGAAGACAAGUGAAAUGCUCAAGGGCAUCAAGCUGCUAAAGCUGUAUGCCUGGGAAAACAUCUUCUGCUCCAGCGUGGAGACCCUGAGGGAGAAGGAACUCAAGAGCCUCAAGACCUUUGCCAUCUACACGUCCCUCUCCAUUUUCAUGAAUGCUGGAAUUCCAAUUGCAGCCGUCCUUGCCACGUUUGUGGCUCACGCCCACAUUGAGGAGGCCGAGCUGACCCCGUCGGUGGCGUUCGCAUCUCUGUCGCUGUUCCACAUCUUGGUGACGCCGCUCUUCCUCCUGUCCACCGUGGUGCGCUUCACGGUCAAGGCUCUCGUCAGUGUGCAGAAGCUGAAAGAGUUCCUAAGGAGCGAUGAAAUCCGUGAGGAGGGAUCGCGGGCGGCAUGGGAUGCGCCCCCAGAAAGCAACAAGGAGGACAUGCCGCUGAGGGCCAUAAACAGGAAGGCGGGAGGCAAGCGUUACUGGAGCUCUCUGGAUGGGCAGUCGUGGCGGCAGCCCUCGCUCGGUGAAGGAGACGACGUGGCCUUGAAGGUAACCAGUGGGGUUUUCAACUGGACCGGCAGCGGAAUCCCAACUCUCUCCAACAUCAACAUCCAAGUACCUCACGGGCAGAUGACGAUGAUCGUGGGCCAGGUUGGAUGUGGGAAGUCGUCACUGCUGCUGGCCACCCUUGGUGAGAUGCAGACCAUGUCAGGAGCCGUCAACUGGAACAGCCGGGUGGGGAGCCCUUCCACACCAGAUGGGCGAAGGAGCCCCCUGGAUUGCGACGGCUCCUCUGAGGAGAGAGACAGCCGCAAGAGGGGUCCAGUCGCGUAUGCAGCGCAGAAGCCGUGGCUCCUCAAUGCCACUGUGGAGGAGAACAUCACCUUCGGCAGCCCGUUCAUCAAGCAGCGGUACAUUGCAGUGAUUGACGCCUGCUCUCUUCAGCCAGACAUUGAUAUCCUGCCACAGGGAGACCAGACGAUGAUCGGAGAGCGGGGCAUCAACCUCAGCGGAGGACAACGGCAGCGAAUCAGCGUGGCCCGGGCCAUCUACCAGGAGACCAACAUGGUGUUCCUGGAUGACCCAUUCUCGGCGCUGGACGUGCACCUGAGCGACCACCUCAUGCAGGAGGGAAUCCUGAAGCUGCUGCGUGACGACAAGCGCACCGUGGUGCUCGUCACGCACAAGCUGCAGUACCUGCCGCACGCCGACUGGAUAAUCGCCAUGAAGGACGGGACCGUGCUUCGGGAGGGCACCCUCAAGGACAUCCAGAACAACGACCCCGAGUUGUACGAGCACUGGAAGACGCUCAUGAACCGGCAGGACCAGGAGUUUGAGAAGGAAACGAUAUCCGAGAGCAAGACGGCGCUGGAGCGCAAGAACCUCCGGCGGGCGAUGUACUCGCGCGAGGCCCAGCUCAAAACCCAGCAGGACGAGGAGGAGGAGGAAGAGGAGGAGGUGGAGAGCGAUGAUGAGGACGACGUAUCUUCCGUAUUCCGUCAGCGUGCCAAGCUGCCGUGGGGCGCGUUCCUGCGCUACCUCACGUCGGGCGGCGCUCCUCUGCUGCUGCUGCUCAUCCUGUCCCAGCUGCUCAAGCACUCGGCCAUGGUGGCCAUCGACUUCUGGCUCUCCGAGUGGACGUCCGACGCCUACAACUGCACGGGCGCGGCGCAGCAGUCCAACUGCAGCCAGGGCAACGGCACGCAGGCGGCGCUGCAGGGCUGCCGCAUCCUCUGCAUCUACCCCAUGGUAUUCGGGCUGCUCUGCUGCUCGGGCAUCGCGCUCUGCUUCAUCACGUCCCUCACCGUGGAGUGGACCGGCCUCAAGACGGCCAGGAACGUGCACAACAACAUGCUCAAGAGGAUCGUGCUGGCGCCUAUGAGGUAUUUUGACACGACUCCCCUGGGACACAUCCUCAACCGCUUCUCAGCUGACACGAACAUCAUGGACCAGCAAAUCCCGACGACGCUGGAGUCACUGAUGCGCUCGGCGCUGCUGUGCCUGUCGGCGCUCGGGAUAAUCGCCUACGUGACGCCCAUCUUCCUCAUCGCCCUCGUGCCGCUCGCCAUCGCCUACUACUUUAUCCAGAAGUACUUCCGCGUUGCCUCUAGGGACCUGCAGGAACUGGACGACAGCACCCAGCUGCCGCUAUUCUCACAUUUUUCUGAGACCGUCGAGGGCAUCACCACCAUCCGUGCCUUCCGGCACGAGGUUCGCUUCCGCCAGCGGCUGCUGGAGCUCACGGACGCCAACAACAUCUCGUACCUCUUCCUGUCAGCUGCCAACCGCUGGCUGGAGGUGCGCCUGGAUUAUAUCGGGGCGUGCAUCGUGCUGAUCGCGUCCGUGGCCUCCAUCACCGACUCGUGGAACAACACGCUGUCGUCGGCACGCGUGGGCCUGUGCCUCACCUACGCGCUCAUGGUGUCGAACUACCUGAACUGGGUCGUGCGAAACCUGGCGGACAUCGAGGUGCAGAUGGGAGCCAUAAAGCGAGUGAACAACCUCCUGCAGAUCGAGACCGAAUCCUAUGACGGGCUGCUUUCCCAAGCGCAAGUUCCGGACAACUGGCCGCAGUCGGGCGAGAUCAAGAUCGAGGAGCUGUCCGUGCGCUACGACAGCACGCUGAAGCCCGUCCUCAAGCACGUCAACGCCACAAUCCAGCCCAGCCAAAAGGUGGGAAUCUGUGGCCGCACGGGGAGUGGGAAAUCUUCGCUCUCGCUGGCCUUCUUCCGGAUGGUGGACACUUUUGAAGGGAGGAUUAUCAUUGACAACAUCGACAUCGCCAAGAUCCCCCUGCACACGCUGCGUUCGCGUCUGUCCAUCAUCCUGCAGGAUCCCAUUCUCUUCAGUGGAUCAAUCAGGUUCAACCUGGACCCGGAGGCGGCGUGUGGUGACGGGGUCCUCUGGGAGGCCCUGGACAUCGCUCAGCUGAAGCACGUGGUCACGCUGCCGGGGGGCCUCGACGCCAUGGUGACGGAAAACGGCGAGAACUUCAGCGUGGGGCAGAGGCAGCUUUUCUGCCUGGCCAGAGCCUUCGUGCGCAAAACCAGCAUCUUCAUCAUGGACGAGGCGACGGCCUCCAUCGACAUGGCCACGGAGAGCAUUCUCCAGAAGGUGGUGAUGACAGCAUUUGCCAACAGGACAGUAGUCAUCAUCGCUCAUCGCGUGCACACCAUCCUGACGGCGGACCUGGUGAUGGUGCUGAAGCGCGGCAGCGUGCUGGAGUACGACACGCCCAGCACGCUGCUCGCGCACGACAGCAUGUUCGCUUCCUUUGUGCGGGCGGACAAAUGAUGCUCCCUUCCCCCCCUCUUUGCGUGCACACACCCAAGGUCUCGCGGCCUAUACACAUGGGCACGACGGUGACUGCAACCAUUCCUAUUAGCAGAGGCCAUUCGCGUUUGUGCGGCUCUGCCGACCAGCAAAAUCCCUGCCGAACACGUUUACCCAUGAUGCCCUGAGCAGCGGUACACUUCCGUGGGCAGUGGGACAACCUGAAUAAUACGGAGAGGUUGGACGGUGCUUAUCGGCACUGACAGCCAGAGGUUGGACUUGGAGAUGACCUUUAACCUCCUCGUCCACCAUCUCCACCUACCCAGACUGAUUUUGUUCCCAGUAUACAAUGGUAUUGCAAUGCAAUUUAGGUUUAUAAAAAAUUCGAAAUACAACGGCAUCUCAAGAUGCUGUGAAAAGUGAAUGGAUAUUCACUUUCCAUCAGACGACUGAUGGCGCAGUGUUCAUGAGUUCAUGAGGACAUUCGAGCGCUUCAGGGUGAAUUAGCCAAAAAAAGCCAUGGGCCUGGCACGUAUGAUGUCACGGUGCUUUGGAAUCUUCUGGGUAUGCAGAGCGGUCGUUGGAAAGUUUCAGUUUAUUUAUUUUGGUAUAGCCCUGUGAGCUAUUCGGCUCUUGAAUCGGGUGCAACCACAACAAACAUAAAAACAAAAACACGAACAAGAAAAACAUCUUAAAGUGACUAUGUGACU